UUACUAACAGCUAAUACAAGCAUUAAUGUUUCGUAGCAGCAUAGUGGAUUUCUAAAGUUAGGACACCAUGGUGGGUUUUACUAGGACAGUUCUGCUCUUUCCCAGAAAGUUCCCGAAACCGAGUUUCCUAAGGAUUCCCAACGAACCUCCUGUUCGCGCGUUUUAACGGUUUCAAUUUUAAAUCGACUCAUGUCCUGACUCAAGACUUGAACUGGUGAUACAUGGAUCGGAAACUUCAUUUUCUAUUUUAAAUUCUUCUAAAAAUCACAAUUUCGGGACACCCUGAAUCUGAAUUUUGUGCUGGGCAAAUGUGCAGAACACAAAGUCUGGAUUUUGAUCAGAUCUUGUCUCCUGAUACAGAAGACACAGAGACCUCCGGCAUGUGUGUAAGGAUGCUCUGAAGACAGUGUCUGGAUUAUAACAGACUACAAGGAGAAAGACAGAAAUAUCAGAGACCACACUAUAUUUGUUUCGCUCUCCAUCUGUGUCUCUGUCCACCCAUUAUCUCCCUCUGCCUCCUCUUGACUUUUUCCUUCUGUUUUCUGUGCCUUGUCUUUCCUCCCACAACUCUUUUGUCCCCCAUUCCUUUGGUCUUUCCACUGUUCCUCUCUCCCAGGCUCCCUGCCCAUCAAUUCACACUUGUCUUGCACGCUAUUUCGCUGCCCCUAUCACACUUCCCCUUCGUGGUCGUCUCUGUUUCUCUCCCCUUCUUUCAUCCCUCUUUUCUUCUCUCUGUCCUUCCAUCAUCCUAUCCCUCCCCAUCGUACCAGUCUCCCUGUACCCUCAUCUAUCCUUUUCUUCCUCUCCCCUCUUUCUUUCUUUCCCUUCAAUACUGUUCUUCUGUCUCUACUCCUCUUCACUCAACCCGAUGAAGAUUUACCUGUCAAAGGGCCUGUGUGGGAUGAGCCCUCGCACAGGCACCAUAGUGGGUGGCCUGUAUUUCCUGAUGGUGGGAACCAUGCAGCUUGUCUUCCAGUGUGGCCACCUUCACAAGGCCACUAUCCGUGUCAGUGAAGCGGGCACUCCCUUACUGCCUGUGCAAUGCCAGUAUUACUACUAUGCCUUACUUGGACUCGACGGUGCUACCCUUUUACUGGCAGGAUUAAUGCUGGGCUCAGUAUGGGCUCGGCGGGCAGCAGGUCUUCUAGGUUUUGCUGCCUGGAUGAUUCUGUAUGAGGUGGCCUCAGCUAUCCUGUUGGCCCUUCUUGAGGUGGAGAUGCAAGCAGCUGGGUCCGGAUUGCGUCCUCUGGAAUGGUUCGGUGUGGGUUGUCGUCUCUUCUGUGACCCCUUCUGGCUGGCUCUGGUGGUCACCCAUGGGCUGGAACUACAUCAGGAGGGACAGAGGCGGUUAGGUGGGCAGCGCCAGCGAGCAGGACCUGUAGUAAGGGCACGUGGGGCAGGUGGGCUGGAGGGAACUUCACACAAGUUGAAAUUCAAGGCUUUUGACAGUCAUGUUUGAAACAAGCAAAAAUAAGUAAGGGAGAAGAAAGAAAGGUGUGUAAAAGUGCAAGAACUUCUGUUCCUUUUCAACUGUACGCUGUAGUAGUUAUAUUAUUUUAAAUGAAUAAUAAAGAGCUAGCUUUUA